AAAGCCGCAAAACGGACAAAGAGCUAAAGGCGACGAGGUGUAUUUGAGUAAAACAAAACAAAAAAAACAUUGAAAAUGUUGAAAGAUUUGAUAAGACAGCGACUAAUAGUGGUAGCUGACGAAAUAUUCGCUAUGUUUGAAAGAACAAUAGCGUCGUACGAGGAGGAACUGUGUCGAACAAAAGACGAAAAUGAGCGACAUCGACAACAACUGCAAGCUUUGAGCCAGACUGGAACUGUUCUACAAAUUCAAGACGUCCAGCAGCUGACCGGUCAUCAAGAAGAAUGCCCUCCUCAGUCGCAGGCCGCCAGCUCCAAUAUGAAGCAGGAGGAUUCACAACCCUCUGACGUUAAAGAGGAAGAUGAGGAACUACGGAUCACUGAGGAGGGAAAGUGUCUGCAAGGGCCGGAGGAGACUGAUCUCAACAAGUUGCCACUGACUGUUAUCUCUGUGAAGAUUGAAGAUGGUGAAGAGGAACCACAAGCAGACAACCUGUUCGCUCCACUAUCAGAUAGUGAGGCGGAAGACAGAGUUGAAGAACCUUUGAGCGGCAAUGCAGACUGUGAUGGUGAUGUAAGGACUCACACUGACAACAAACACUCUGAAUGCUCUGAAAAGACAGGUGACGAACAUUUGACCUGCUCUCUUUGUGCUAAAAGCUUUACUAAAAAGAGCAACUUCAAUGCACACAUGAGAACGCACACAGAAGAAAAACCCUUUAAGUGCUCAGCUUGUGAUAAAAGAUUCUCUUACCGUUCAACUAUGGUGUCACACAUGAUAACACACACAGGAGAAAAACCCUUUCGAUGUUUAGUUUGUGCUAAAAGCUUUUCAUAUAAAGGUAAUUUGAAUGUUCACAUGCAGUCACACGAAGCGGAGAAAUCCUUCAGGUGCUCGGUUUGUGACAAAAGCUUUUCUUACAAGAGUAAUUUGAAUGCACACAUGCAGACACACAAAACAGAGAAACUUUUUAGUUGCUCGUUCUGUAGUAAAGGCUUCUCUCAGAAUGCCACUUUGGUAUCGCACAUGAGAAUACACACUGGCGAAAAGCCUUUCAGGUGCUCAGUUUGUGACAAAAGAUUCUCUCAGAAUGCAACAUUGGUAUCGCACAUGAGAACGCACACCGGAGAAAAACCCUUUAAAUGCGCAAUUUGUGGCGAAAGCUUUUCGAACAAAUGCAAUUUGACACAGCACAUGCAUACGCACAAAGCAGAAAAAACCUUUAGCUGCUCAGUUUGCGAUAAAAGCUUUUCUUACAACAGUUCUUUGUAUGCACACAUGCAGACGCACAACACAGAAAAACCCUUUCAGUGCUCAUUUUGUGGUAAAAGAUUCAGUCAAAAGGUCAAUAUGGAAUCUCACAUGAGAACACACACUGGAGAAAAACCCUUCAUUUGUUCAGUUUGUGAUAAAAGGUUCUCUCACAAUACCACUUUGGUAUCACACAUGAGAACGCACACUGGAGAAAAACCUUUUAGUUGCACAGUUUGCGGCGAUACAUUUUCUUACAGAUAUAGUGUGACUCAACACAUGCGGACCCACAAAACUGAAAAACCCUUUCGGUGCUCAGUUUGUGGUAAAAGAUUCAUCCAAAAACUAAGUAUGGAAACACACAUGAGAACACACACUGGAGAAAAACCUUUUAAAUGCGCAAUUUGCGGUAAAAACUAUUCGUAUAAGAAAACUUUUGCAGCUCACAUGCAAACACACAAUGGAGAAUAACGGUUUUCCAGUACAUUGUGCUAAACCAGGAGUUCCCACGACGUCGAUCGUGAGCUACCGCUUGAUUGCCAGGCAUUAAAAAAAAAGUACAUAUCAUCAAUCUUCACUAUGGUGACACAUUUGUCACCUGAUUAACAUGCAUGGCAACCAGAGGUCUUGUGAGUUGACCGCUGGCUGGUGUGAGCUCAGUAUGAAGAAAAAAAACGACCAGCAGGAACGCAUCACAAUAAGUGAUGCCAUCCUGCCUGCGUUAACAGAAUAAGAGUCUUAGAUUACUAGCGCACAUAAGCGAGCAAGCUAUUGAAUUAGCCACCACUUUCAUGUGGAGGAUUGUGUUCCCCUCCACAAUGCAAAUUCGAAGUUGUGGAACGUAUCAGCAACGUAUGUGUAUCCUCUCAGAUUCCAAUCAAUACAAGUCAUCAGCAUAAGGUAAUACACUCACUUACAGUAUGUUGUUGUCUUCGAGAACAGACGGGAAUCUAUAUGCAUUCAACAUGUUUGUAGUUUGUAUUAUAUAUAUGUUAGGUCAGGAAAAACUCAGAGGCAUUUUCAUCCCAACGAGCCUGUUUCGCAGGCUUCUCUGCUCUUCAGGGGAUUUUAUAACACAGGCUUGUAGGGAUGAAAUAGCCUCUGUGU